GAGCCGAGUCUCUGAGGCGUGAACCAGUAGGGAGUGCGACCAAUCAAUGGGCUCCCGGCUGGGUGGUGGGACGGCCGGCGUCCGACUCCUCCCAUGUAGUGAUCGGUUUAGGUAGGUCGGCCUGGUCCCCGGCGGAGGUUACGCCUUCCCUCAUCCCCGGUAGAGGCGGGGCGGGACUGUUGUGGUUGAGAUGAAGGCUAGUAAAUGGUGAAGUACUUCCCGGCCAGAGGGCACCUGCGCUCGGGAGGUUUGGGCGGCUUGGCGUCGGAGGAGAGCCCCACCCGCGGAGGAACCCAGCCUUGCCAACGGAGCUGGCGGAGCUCACUCCUCAGGUCAGGCGGGCGGCAUAGAAAACGCAGCGGAGCCAGGUGAAACCAAGGCACCGCCGUGGCUGGCCCCCGACAGUUCCUCUAGCCGGGAGGUCGGAGGAGCUGAAAACGCCGCGGAGCCCUCGGCCGCCCGAGCAGGGGCUGGACCCCAGCCCUUGCAGCCUCCCUUCUCCUGGCACCCAAGUGCAGUCCUGGCUGCAGAAGGGGCCGCGGGCGCACUGAGUUUCCAACCUCCAUUUCAGCCUGUCUGUCUCAGGGUGCAGCCUUAAUGAGAGGUGAUUCCCAAGCUGCUGGGAACCUGAGGCUGUCAAAGGGGCGGCAGGAAAUGGACAGCAGUAUAAAACCCAGAAGCAGAACUUGAAGGUUAAACCACUAGCCCAUUUCACAGAAUGUUUCAUCCCUUUGUGGACCAAAAGAUGGAGUUGGUUUUUAUUUUUAAAAAGAUAAUGUUAAUGAUCUGAUACCACUACAAAUAUUCACGUGAGAAGAUUCAUGGACUUGUCUGUUGGUUGGACUGUCACUCAUUUCUGAAAGUUUCUUCAGCCACAAUUUCUAUUUGAAAAUUCAAGUAUCAAAGGAUACCAGGUUUAGAAUGGUAUAAUGAUGUAUUUUGUCUGAGGACUGCAAAUUUUAUAGAGACCACAGUUGGAUUCCAGUGAUAUUCUGCAAUCAAAGUGAUUUGAUAAACCUAAUUUUGAAGCAUUUUAUAUUUAUAAGCGACAUCAAAAGAUGGGAGAAAAAAAUGGCGAUGCAAAAACUUUCUGGAUGGAGCUAGAAGAUGAUGGAAAAGUGGACUUCAUUUUUGAACAAGUACAAAAUGUGCUGCAGUCACUGAAACAAAAGAUCAAAGAUGGGUCUGCCACCAAUAAAGAAUACAUCCAAGCAAUGAUUCUAGUGAAUGAAGCAACUAUAAUUAACAGUUCAACAUCAAUAAAGGGAGCAUCACAGAAAGAAGUGAAUGCCCAAAGCAGUGAUCAUAUGCCUGUGACUCAGAAGGAACAGGAAAACAAAUCCAAUGCAUUUCCCUCUACAUCAUGUGAAAACUCCUUUCCAGAAGACUGUACAUUUCUAACAACAGAAAAUAAGGAAAUUCUCUCUCUUGAAGAUAAAGUUGUAGACUUUAGAGAAAAAGACUCAUCUUCAAAUUUAUCUUAUCAAAGUCAUGACUGCUCUGGUGCUUGUCUGAUGAAAAUGCCACUGAACUUGAAGGGAGAAAACCCUCUGCAGCUGCCAAUCAAAUGUCACUUCCAAAGACGACAUGCAAAGACAAACUCUCAUUCUUCAGCACUCCACGUGAGUUAUAAAACCCCUUGUGGAAGGAGUCUACGAAACGUGGAGGAAGUUUUUCGUUACCUGCUUGAGACAGAGUGUAACUUUUUAUUUACAGAUAACUUUUCUUUCAAUACCUAUGUUCAGUUGGCUCGGAAUUACCCAAAGCAAAAAGAAGUUGUUUCUGAUGUGGAUAUUAGCAAUGGAGUGGAAUCAGUGCCCAUUUCUUUCUGUAAUGAAAUUGACAGUAGAAAGCUCCCACAGUUUAAGUACAGAAAGACUGUGUGGCCUCGAGCAUAUAAUCUAACCAACUUUUCCAGCAUGUUUACUGAUUCCUGUGACUGCUCUGAGGGCUGCAUAGACAUAACAAAAUGUGCAUGUCUUCAACUGACAGCAAGGAAUGCCAAAACUUCCCCCUUGUCAAGUGACAAAAUAACCACUGGAUAUAAAUAUAAAAGACUACAGAGACAGAUUCCUACUGGCAUUUAUGAAUGCAGCCUUUUGUGCAAAUGUAAUCGACAAUUGUGUCAAAACCGAGUUGUCCAACAUGGUCCUCAAGUGAGGUUACAGGUGUUCAAAACUGAGCAGAAGGGAUGGGGUGUACGCUGUCUAGAUGACAUUGACAGAGGGACAUUUGUUUGCAUUUAUUCAGGAAGAUUACUAAGCAGAGCUAACACUGAAAAAUCUUAUGGUAUUGAUGAAAAUGGGAGAGAUGAGAAUACUAUGAAAAAUAUAUUUUCAAAAAAGAGGAAAUUAGAAGUUGCAUGUUCAGAUUGUGAAGUUGAAGUUCUCCCAUUAGGAUUGGAAACACAUCCUAGAACUGCUAAAACUGAGAAAUGUCCACCAAAGUUCAGUAAUAAUCCCAAGGAGCUUACUAUGGAAACGAAAUAUGAUAAUAUUUCAAGAAUUCAAUAUCAUUCAGUUAUUAGAGAUCCUGAAUCCAAGACAGCCAUUUUUCAACACAAUGGGAAAAAAAUGGAAUUUGUUUCCUCGGAGUCUGUCACUCCAGAAGAUAAUGAUGGAUUUAAACCACCCCGAGAGCAUCUGAACUCUAAAACCAAGGGAGCACAAAAGGACUCAAGUUCAAACCAUGUUGAUGAGUUUGAAGAUAAUCUGCUGAUUGAAUCAGAUGUGAUAGAUAUAACUAAAUACAGAGAAGAAACUCCACCAAGGAGCAGAUGUAACCAGGCGACCACAUUGGAUAAUCAGAAUAUUAAAAAGGCAAUUGAGGUUCAAAUUCAGAAACCCCAAGAGGGACGAUCUACAGCAUGUCAAAGACAGCAGGUCUUUUGUGAUGAAGAGUUGCUAAGUGAAACCAAGAAUACUUCAUCUGAUUCUCUAACAAAGUUCAAUAAAGGGAAUGUGUUUUUAUUGGAUGCCACAAAAGAAGGAAAUGUCGGCCGCUUCCUUAAUCAUAGUUGUUGCCCAAAUCUCUCGGUACAGAAUGUUUUUGUAGAAACACACAACAGGAAUUUUCCAUUGGUGGCAUUCUUCACUAACAGGUAUGUGAAAGCAAGAACAGAGCUAACAUGGGAUUAUGGCUAUGAAGCUGGGACUGUGCCUGAGAAGGAAAUCUUCUGCCAAUGUGGGGUUAAUAAAUGUAGAAAAAAAAUAUUAUAAAUAUGUAACUAACGCCUGUUUGUGAAAUUAGCUUAUCAGGCUGAAAUUAAAGCCAUGCAAAAGAAGGUCUAGGUCCAUCAAGGUAA